AUGUCUCAUAAGACAGCAACCACGGGGGCGCACCUGGCCAGGCGCUACCUGGGCGAUCCCUCAGUGGAGCCUGACCCCCUGCAUAUGCCCACCUUCGCUCCAGACUACGGCUUCCCUGGGCACAAGAAGCGCGAGAUGGUGGCCAUGCAGCAGGAGAUGAACGAUGCACAGCUGGUGCUCCAGCAGCGAGACUACUGCGCCCACUACCUCACCCAGCUGCUCAAGUGCAAGCGUGACAGCUUCCCCAACUUCCUAGCCUGCAAGCAUGAGCAGCACGACUGGGACUACUGCGAGCACCUUGAGUACGUGAUGCGAAUGAAAGAGUUUGAGCGGGAGCAACGGCUGCUGCAGCGGAAGAAGGGGUGGGAGCAAAGGGAGGCAGAUCUGGCCAGAGGCUAG